GCUAGAUAUGUAAUAAUGACAGCUAGACCUUACUUGGUUUAUCUAAUCACCACCCUCUCAUUUCAGGACGCCCUAAACGACUCUCUAACGUCAAACUCCCAUCUAAAAGACGAGAACACGCUGCUCAAAGCUCAAGUAUCGGCCGCGCCUCUCAACCACCAAGCGCCGAGCCAAGACGACGCCAAGCUCAAGGAGUAUGAGGCCAAGAUGCAGAACUUGGCCGACGAAGUGGCCAGGUUAAAUGGGGAACUGAACGCGUCGAGAGAAGCGCAGAAGACGUCCGCUGAAGAGCUGGAAAAGUUGAAGAAGGACCAGGAGGAUCUGUUGGUGCUGUUAGUUGAUCAGGACGCGAAACUGAACGAGUACAAGAUGCGAUUGAUGUCACUCGGCCAGCCAGUCGACGAGCCAACUGAAGAGAACCUCACGUAAUCAACCCCGUACUGACUAGGUUCUAUGUAUAGCAGGUAAAUGAGACGAAGUUAAACCGUAGGGAAUAAGAUAGGGCGUACCCAGCUUCUGGCCUAUUG